UAAGUCACCACUCACUGCAUCCCGCAACGGGGAAACGCAACUGAUCGAGAAUGACUUGGUUACCCAUCUUUGUGUUAUCAGGACUGGAUAUAGUUGCACUCUUCUUCAAUGUCCGAAUGCUGAUAAUUUGCUUCAAAGACGAAUCGAAGUACACGUUUCUUGAAAAUUGCAGAGCACUGGCCAUUUGUCAAGGCGCUUGCCAAGUCACAAUUCUUAUUUCAGAUUCUGUAGAAUGGUGGAAUGGCUUCACUAUUCUACCUGGUGAGACAUGCAGAUUCUUCAGAGUCCUAUCGCUUUCUGUGAUGUUCUACCAGACUUGUAAUUUGACGGCGAUGAUGACGGUUUACAAUGAGCAUCCCGCAGGACAAAAAACCGAAGAGGCAAGUUGUAAUGCUCGAAUGUACGCCGCGCUUAGUUUGGGAGUCGUUGGGUCUGCAAUGAUCUUAUGGCACAAUUGUUUUA